GAAGUUUUUCAGUGGGGAAACGAAUUCUUUAUGCAGGGUUUGGCAGCGCAGCGUUGCACCAAAUAACUGGAAAAUACUGGAAAGGAGAGCUCUCGAAUCCUCUCAGGCUUGUCUCCAAGUCAGUUAAUUUUAGUCAACAGAAGUUUCCCUCUCACAGAGGUUCUUUACAAGCUUUUACACAGAGACUUUCUCCAUAGAAACGAAGCCUUCCCUGCUCCAGAGGAACGGCAGCGCUCAUUCAGAAGGGAAAAGCUUCAGGGCAGCGUGGGACAGGGCGGGGGACAAAGAGGGGACUGGGAAUGUUUUAAAUUGGGAAUGGCACGGAGCAAAGGGGACAGAGCCCGAGCGGCCCCGGGGACAUCUCGGCAGCCGCUGGGUCCCUGUGCCCGUGGCUGAGCAGGGGGCAGUGCCCAGGCCCAGAAGGACCCCCAGUGACCCGCCCUGACCCUUUACAGCUUGGGUAGAGCUGCACUGAAAUCUGCACACACUCAAAAUCCUACACAGGAAAAUACAAAGCGGUGAAAACCCGAAUGGGGCUCUCCGGCUGCGCGGGGGACAAUCGCAGCCCGUGUCGCUAUCCAGGGACAAUCCCCCUGUGCCACACGGGGCACCCGCGCGGGCGGGGCCGCACCCGGGACACCCCAAAGCCAGCGGGAUCCGCGCGCACCUUAAACCCCAGGGAAGCCCAUCCCCGAGCAAAUUAGAGCGCACGUGACCGUCAUUAACAUACGCGUGACCUUCAUUAAUAGAGAGGUGACCCCUCUCAUUGGCGUGCACAUGACCCGCUAAUUAGCAUAAAUCGAAGCCCUCAUUAGCAUACAGCCGGCGCUGCCAGACGAGCCUGGGAUGUGCCGCAGGAGCGAUGGGCGCAGUGCGGAAUGCAGCGCGGACACCUGAGCGAGGGCCCUGCCCUUGGACCCGACUGUCCCGCUCCGUGACACCGUCCUGAACAGCUGUCACCCGCUUUCCUCAGCUUUUACAACACGUACAGUGCCUAACGCACCCGGGACGCAGCGGGCUCGCACACCCUCAGCCGCAUCCCGCUGCGGAGCCGCCCUGCGCGCUCGGGGCGAGGCGAGGCCCGGCCGGGCACGUCCGCAGCGCGCGCUCCCUGUCGCGACAGCGCCGCGUCUGUCCCGACCCCGGCCGGCCCCGCCCCGGGUCACGCGGGGCUGCGCGCGCCGCGCCAACUCUCGCGAGAUCCGGGCCUGGCCAAGAUGGCGGCGCUGUGCGAGAGCUUCACGCUGCGCGGGCCGGGCCCCGGCGGCGGCGGCGGCGGCCGCCCCGGGCUGUGCCUGGAGCCGGGCCCGGGCCGGGACCUCGUGCUGCUCACCGAGCGCGGCCGGGCCGCCACGCUCUUCAAGAUUUCGGAUCAGAAGCCCCUGGGCUGUUGGUCAGUCAAACACGGGCAGAUUCUCACCUGUCCUGUUGUGUGCAACUUUGAAACCCACGAGUACAUCGCAGUUCAUGAUGGCAAGGUUUUAAGAAUAUGGAAGAAUGAAGACAUGAACUUGGACAAAGCAUUUAAAGCAACACUCUCAGCAGAUGUGUACAGGAUCCAUUCCCUGCCCCAGGGGGGGCCGGUGGUGCUGUUCAAGGGAGGGGCCGUUCGGACGCUGGAUGUGCUGCUGGAAGCCCCUCAGCAGGAGAUUGAAAACGUCAUCUCAGGUGAAGUCAUCAGGUGGAGUGGAGCUUUUAUGGAAGGCCAACAACCUGUCUUAAUUUUCACUACUGAGAAAGAUAAGAAUUUUUUUGUCUAUGUACAGAAACCUAAGCUGAGUAGUCUACACAAAUACAAGCUUGAACAACAGGAAUCAGCCAAGCCAGUGUGUUUCACAGCACAUAUAACAAACCAAACUGUCACACUUCUGUGUUUGUAUUCCAAUGGCUCUGUGUACCAGGUUCUGAUACCUCUGCAGCAAGAUACUGAAGAAGAAGAGAUUUUGUCCAAGUCACUACUGCUAAACUUUUCAGCAUCUGAAACUGUUCUGAAAGGAACAUCUUUAGUUGCCCUGGACAAAGACCACGUUGCAGUGUUGGGCAGUCUGAUUGCACCUAGGAAAGGGUCCAGAGAGUGCCUGACCAUAUGGAAUACAAAAUUUCAGACCUUGCAAACAUCGAAGGAGCUGCCCCUGGGGACCAGCGGCCAGUUGUGGUGUUAUGAGGAAAAAUUUUUUCUGAUUCAUGGGAAAGUGCUGACUGUAAUUAUGUACAAGUGUGAAACAUCAUCUUUGGCAGCUGCUGUGGGAAAGCUCAAGUGCAGUCAAACCCCUGAUGUGUCCUCAUUUGUGAACUGGAAUACUCUGGAAGAUGAAGAGCUGGUGGUUUCCUUUCAGUCCCAGGAGUCUGGAGCUCUGAAAGCAGAGUCCAGAAUGAAUUUAAGAUCAAGAGGGAGCACUGUUACUGAACAACAGCCAGAGACUUUAUCAAUUGGGCAGCUCUUACUAGAUCUUAAAGAUGCUUCUAAUUAUGUGUUGGAAACUGAAUUGAGAAAACUGAUGGCAAAAGCACCAACCCCAGAUCUGCAAGCCACCAUUGGCUGUGUGGUUACUGCCCUUACAGACAGAUGUAAAAGAAAUCCAAAGUACUACCCUCAACCUUUCCUGCAGGAGAUUGUUGAAACACGGGACUUGUCCUACAGUUUAUGUCCAGAUUUAAUGGCUGUUGCUUUGGAGAAAAAAGAUAUGCAUCUCUUACAAAUCUGCCUAGAACGGUUUCCAGAUAUUCCUGAAGAAAUUACUUUUGCUUGCCUGAAAGCAUUUUUAAGCAUGAGUGAAUCCCAUCUUCAAAACAUAGAUGUAAAUCUAGAUUCUGUGAUCUGUUACAUUGAUGUUGAAUUCGACAAUAAUGAAGUUAAGACUGAAAUUGUAGAAAAUGGUUUUGGUGCAGAGAUGGACCAGGACAUGUGUGGUACCAAAAUCCCAAAGCAAAGCCAGCCCUGGAGCGAUGAUGAUUCCUGCCCUGUUGGGCCUCAGAAGGCAGCACUGCUAAAUGCUGUUCUCCAUUCAGCUUACACUGAAACAUUUCUUUUGCCUCACCUGAAAAACCUUCCAGCUGGAGAAGCUAUUCUAUUUCUUAGGUAUUUAUAUUACCUGUAUGUGAAAUGCAGUGAAAAAGUUAACACCACUCUUCCUGGAAUACGCUCUCCCACAAUAAAUCAGAUCAUGGAUUGGAUGUGCUUGUUGCUUGAUGCUCACUUCACUGUCAUGGUGAUGCUGCCAGAAGCAAAGGAGUUGCUUUCAAACCUGCAUAAGUUUGUGAGAGCCCAAGUGCGGUUCUACUCAGAACUCAACAAGAUUGAAGGAAGUUUGCGGGAAUUACAAAGACUGAACCACCUGAGAGAAUCUCACACCUAUUCUAUUGAAGUGCUGGAAAUCAUUUGAAUUUGAAAUUCAUUAACACAUUUAUUUUGUAUUGAUUCCUUUUAUGACAAGGAUGUAUUAGCACUCCAUAUUGGGGCUGUCAAAAGUUGUUUUCUACAUAGGAGGAGCCUGGUUACUCUGUAGCUACGUGGGAGUUGUAAGUUUUGAACCUUGUGUAUUAAAUCUCUUUUUGACUGGA